GAAACGCACCAUUCUGCAGGUUGCGAUCGGCAGCGUCACUCCUCUCCUCUCGCGUGCGUCUAUUUUGAAAUCUAGACUUGACAGAGAGGACUUUUUUUUUUUCCACGACUGUUUUAUCAUCGUCUCCUCCUCCUCCUUCUUUACCGGGAGUUGAGCCGCACAUCUCCGGGAUAGCCUGUCACCAUCAUCCGCGCGCACCAGAACCAUGGAGCCCUCCGUAUCGACAGAGGGGGAGCCGAAAGAGAGGAAAAAGAUCCAGUUUGCAGUGCCGGCUUCUGCGCCCACCAACUUGGACCCCCGGCAGGUUGAGAUGAUCCGACGCAGGAGGCCCACCCCCGCCACGCUCUUCAGAGUCGCAGAUCAGGCCUCUCCAGACGAUGACCCUUCCAUGCAUCAGGUAAAGUGGGUGGUGGGAGAAAACGGCAUCCUCAAACCUAAACGCAUUAAUCAGAACGUGUACCAGCCUCCGUCACUCAAAGCCGUGCAGAAGAUGGCAGAGGCCCACAUGCAGCACCUUGGGGUGUACACGGCUCUAGAGGAACCGUGUGAGGGAGAUGAAGACGAGCAAGACUGGCAGGAAGAAGAUGAUCACCAAGACACAACGGCCCCAGAGCAGCCAGACCGACCCAGCCCCAAACAAAUACAAGCUGCGACAGAUGAAGACGAGGAUGAGGAAGAAGAGAAAGGCAUUUCCAAAAACAACAUGAAGGGAACCACAGAGGAGCACAGCAGGAGCUCUGACUGAACCCAGACUACCACAACAGGAUAUGGGGGGGCUGAAAUGGUUAAAGGUGCAUUGUGUAACUUUUUUGGUGGAGCGUUCGUCAAAUGCUUUUCUCUGUAGAGAUGUUAUUGCUUUGUCUGGAAUGUUCCACAGUAUGGUAUUAAACCUUUCUGUCUUCAUCCAUAUCAAACCAGGUCAAGUUAUAGGUCAGAUCUGUGGCGAGCUUCACAGUCAGAAUGCCUUUUUUGUUUUUUGUUUGUUUUUUUUUAGGUCUUUUUGAGUUAUAAAUCCACCUGUAAUAGAGUUAACAUAAGGUAAAGCUGUUUAAUGUCAUACUGUGAAACAUUCUAGGCAACGCAAUGACAUAUCCAUAGAAACAAGCAAGUAACAGACCCCUAACCUAAAUGUUACACAGUGCACCUUUAAAACAAACUAAGGAAUUUGUCUGAAUAACUGAGCGUAACAGAAGUAGUAAUAUGGGUGAAAGUGAACAGGCAAUGUCACCUCUACUUAGGUCAAGAAAGACAAGUAUAGGUUUUGAUGAGGACGUGAGGAGUGACGCACUGACAGGGCGGACUGUUUUCCUUGUUUUUAGUCUAAACUACAGGCCUCAAGGUCAAGCCCCAAGAUAAUAUUACUGGACACAUGCUUAUUCAGAAUUUGCAGAUUACUCAUUCAAAUUCUUAGAUAAAAAGUCAAUUCUGUGUAAGUCUUGAUAAAGUUACACUGAAAACCAUAUCUGUUAACUUUAAUUUUGCUUUGGAUAGUUUUGAUACUUGGAUUCACGUGUCUGCACUGACAUCUUGUGGCCAUAAUUUGGAAUUACAAGUCAUAUGAAGUCAAAGUGGUUCUGAGUAUUGACACUAAUAGCUAUUUUAAGCCCCAAAUGUACAGUUAUACCUCUAAGAAAAUUAGUUAUUACAAAAUUACUAUCUAAAUUAAAACCUGUGAAGGGUCCACCACCUGCUUUUCUCCAUGGGAAUUAUUUUGCUUUGCCUGCAAUGUUCAACAGUGUGGCAUUAAACUCAUCUCCAUGGAUAUAAGCAUUCGACUCCAUCAGGCAAAGUUUCAGGCUAAAUCUGUGCAGAGGUUACUGUGUUCACAAGGUAUUUUUUGAACAUUAAACAAUACUGCAUAUUAGAUUAGUUUAACACAAUAAUACUAUGGGACAUUCCAGGCAAAGCAAUAACAUCUCCAUAGGGACGGAAUUUCCACUGGUAAAUAUUUACGUUUUGCAUAUUAUGAAUGCUGUAUUUUCUAUCAUUUGAAUAAAGAGCCAAAACAAAUUCAAAGCAGUGGAUAUCGUAGAAGAAUUUCAGGAUGUGUCAGUAAUGUCAUAAAGGUAAUAUUGGCCCUUGUAAAUUCACAGUUAUAAUGAAGUCUAAAUAAACUUAUAAACUCUAAUCAAACAAACCAGAUCUGUUUUAUACAACCAAAGGUCAAAGUCUUUCAUUACGUUGGCGUAUCAGGACACAACAGUAACUGCCUGUUUGUAUAAUUACACGCCAAAACCACUUUUCAUUAUGGGACCAAAUUAAAAGCCACUCAGGUUUGAAAAUAACUUUUAAAAAAACUACUAUUAUGACCUAUAUUUAAAUGAUUUUGAUUUCCAUGUUCUAGUUUUAUAUAUGAAUGAAAAAAUGGGCUUGCUAUAUGACUGACUCAAGAAAACUGACCCAAAAAAUUUAAAUUAAAGUAACACUACCUCUUCUCUUUAUACUCCAAAAUACUAUUUGUGCUAAGCUCUCAAAUCUCAUCAAAUGAAUACAUACACCCUUUAUAAUCUAUAUCUCAUAAACUGAAUAUACAAAAUAACUGACAUUUCCCUUUUGUAAACUAUUUUCUAUGGCUCUAUAGUGGUAUAAUGGAGACGUGUCAUGAAUUUGUCAUGUAAGAAGUAUUUUUCUAUCUUGAAGGGUUGCCGUACGAGUUAGUCUGCUCUAUCCUGUUUCUACUGUAGUUUGUGUGCAUUAACUGGGAACUGAAUUUCUGAACUAAAUUGUGCAAAAUUUCUGUCAAACAUUUGAAAAUUCAUGUAUAUUAGACUUGUAUCUUCAGUGGAGGGCGAGUGAAUCUUUGUAAGGCCUGCCUGUAAUAUAAAUGAAUGGCAGAUUGAGCACCUGUGCCCCUGUCUCUCCUCAUUGGUCAAAGGCAACCACCAUGGGAACAUAUGUAUGAAAUUGUAUUUUAUUAUUUUCCAUUCUCUGGUUUCUAAAUGUUUUGUGGUUGUUUUUGGACAAUAAUGAAAAAUAAACUGCUUUUUCGUUUCACCUUCAAA